AAAAUCCAAUGGACAAUAAUGCCCCACAUGGCAAAGUACCAAGCAAAUUCCCUCAAAUAAAAUCCAAACAAUUGUGAAUUCACUUUCCUCCUCACCAAACCUUGACCUAAUUAAUUCUAUCUUGAAAUUACAUCGACUCCCAUGGCGAUUGAGGCAUGGUUUAUGCAAGAAAAUGAUGACGAUCAAAGGCUCCCACAUCAAAAGAACCCACCCGAAUACGUUUCAUUGGAUCAGUUAGCGGAUCUUGGAGUUCUCUACUGGAAUUUGGAUCCGAAUAAGUAUGAGAAUGACCCGGAUUUGAACAAGAUCCGACAAGACCGAGGAUAUAGUUAUAUGGAUAUGCUUGACUUGUGCCCUGAGAAAGUGGAGAAUUAUGAGGAGAAGUUGAAGAGGUUUUACACUGAGCACAUCCAUGGUGAUGAGGAGAUUCGUUAUUGUCUGAAAGGGAGUGGCUACUUUGAUGUGAGGGACAAGGAUGACCGUUGGAUUCGCAUCUUGAUCAAGGCUGGUGAUCUCAUUGUUUUGCCGGCUGGGAUUUACCACCGUUUCACUCUUGACACUCACAACUACAUCAAGUUGAUGAGAUUGUUUGUGGGAGAGCCGGUUUGGACAGCCUUCAAUAGACCACAGGAGGGGCAUCCGGCAAGGAAGGGAUACAUCAACUCCACACUUGGAAUGCCACUUCAAGUUUCUUGAAGAAUCACCAUCUUAUAACUCGUAUCUACGGGAGAUAGCUCGUACACUUUAGUCUUUACCUCUUCGGCUUGGAUUUGAGGCUCUAAGUUAUGUAAUUAUUUGUCGUGAUCGCAACCUAAAGUUCUGAAUUGCCAUUGAUUGUAAUAUGAGGCUUAUUGAACUAUAGUUCAAUGUUCGAUAAUAUAGUUACUAUAGUUACCCGAA